AUGUCACAAGCUGAUGUCUCUUACUGUUGUGGCUCAUGUGGAUACCCUCUGAAUUUGACAUCAUCAAAUAGAAUCACAUCUAACAUUGCAUCUGAAUAUACAAAAUCUGUUAAAAAAGGAUCAAUCUCUUUUGCUUCAGUUGAUCUCAGCCGAUUUACACAGGUUGAUGAUAUAACUUGUUUCCCUGACUUCUGGUUUUAUCGUUCCAAGACUAAACUGCUUUGUCGUAAAUGUGGAGUUCAUGUUGGUUAUGGCUAUAGUGGAGAAUCAGCUGCUAUCUGUGGAUUUGAGUCUCCUACUUCAUCUAACUCUCAGAGAAAAUUCACCAUAAAGAUUCGGUCAUUACAGCCUUCUUUAGAAGAGUCUUGA